AUGGAACGACAUCGCUCAAAAAGAAAAUUAUUGGCGAAGGAAGAUCAGAGAGGUGGGAAUCCGACUCCAACCUCGCAAGAUAUCAACAGAUCUGGAUCUGUUGCUGAGUCGGAGACCGGCAGUCAAAGAUCAGAACCGUUGUCUCCCUGGCCUGAUUCCCCGGAAAGGCACCCCGGAAAGAUCCUUCCGCCUAACACCCCGCCUCCAAGCAAAUCCAGGAACAUAAGGGAGGGUGCAACGCCAAGCGGUACUCAAUCCAGCGCCUAUCAAACUGCAGAAGAUGGUGACGUAGAUAUGGUGAAUGAAUCUCGUGCUACUUCUCAGCCUGCACCGGAGGUUGUCCCUUCCCGAAGUAUUCUUGAUGUUGUCGCGCAGCGCGCGUCUCAGUAUCCUGAGGACUCAACAAUGAUCUUGAAGGAAGCAGAAUCUCGAUCUCAAAAUCCUGGUGAUGCCCCAUCUCAAGAGCACAAUCAUUCCGAUCCGAGCAUUGAGAUUGAGGAACAAACACCAAAUCCAAUUCAGGAACCUCGGGAUGGAAGGCGCUCGGAAUGCCCUCCAGCCGCCCCAGAAUCUCACCAGCCCGAGUCAAGUGGCGAUGAAAGUGAUGAGACCGACAUGGAGACAUCCGUCCCUUGCGCUUUGGGGGCGAGUAUUCCCCCGAGCAGUCAGCCAGAACAGCAAGUAGACAGCUCAGGUAACAGCUCGGGCCUAUCACUUCCAAGGUCCAUUAGGAAAAGUGUUCAAGUCGUCGAGAUGCCUGCCGUCCAAAUGACUCCUUCACACCGCGAGAAACAAGGUAACAAGACAGUUAACCCGGAGCAUUCAAGCUCCCAGCAGCCAUCAUCCCAAGCUGCCAAGACAUCCUCUCAAUCUCGAAUUCUCGCUACCUACCGCUCGCAAGAAAGCAACACACAAAGCGACCCUUCUCAAGAGGCACUAAACCCAUCUUUACCGGUCGAAGAUGAAUCCCUUCGGGUGGACGUGCUAGGUACUCAGACUCAAACCAGCAGCUCGCAUCCGACGUCGCAAGAGACCCCUCAGUCCCAUACAGAAGUUGUGCUCGAUUCGUCAAAAACCGCUCAGCACCAGUGGGACUCGUGUCUGUUCAGCUCACAGCCCUCUGCCAACUCUUCCUCUUUCCCUUUUGCUAGCUUUCAUCCGCAGCCCAUGUCCCAACUCAAUGGACCAAGCCAGAAUUAUAUGGGAGAACUGACCUCUCUCGAUGGCGCGACGUACUUCCCAGACACGUCUCUGGGUGAUUCAUCCGGCUGGACCGCUCCUGAUGCCGAAUCCCCAUCAAAGCCUCCCAAAAUCCGACAAAUUGAAGGCACUGAUACUAUGACGGCGUUCCAAAGUCCAAAUGGCGGGCUGGUGGCACGGCGUCAGAGCUUUAUUGACAAGCCCGACCAGACCGCCGAAGCAUUUAUGUUUUACGAAAAAUUCUGUAAUGACUAUCCGCCGUAUUCUGGAGGUUUUGCUCAUUUCACCGAGAUGUGCGCGAAGCUGCAGGCCCUUCGAGAAAAGGGUGCUCUGCAACGCUCCUUCCUGUGGGACGACUUUGUUAUCUUACAUCUCGAAGAGUAUCAGCGUCACGUGGAAGAUUGCGCGUCGCAAGAUUUCAAGACAUUGAAAUACGAAGACUUCUUCUGCUCAAGCUUUGCAAGGCCCCGGCACAAGAAACGAAGCCUGACCACUCGCGCGGUCAAUGUGGCUGCAUCUCAGUUUGUUCCACCUGAUACAACGACCUCAUCAAGUCAGCCGCCUCCAUGCCCAGUGGCUACCCAGGGCGAACGUGCACACCUUUCUUUCACGGCGAGUCUCGUGGACAGACUGUCAGACCUCCACACUCGUUCAUUUAACAAUGCCAGUGCCAAUGAUACUCCCAAUAGUCCUAGCACCAAAAGAGACAUGUUCCCUGCAACACAACAUUCGCCUUUACACCCUUCGGGCACACUGCCUACAGUACAAGUCAAAUUGGAACCGGAUAGUUCCAGCAAUGAAGUGAUGGACACUCAAGCUCAUACAAUGAGCAGCAGUGGGCAAAGGCCUGUACUUUCCAGCUCGGACCAGAAUAUGGAUGAUUCAAUGCAGCAUGACGAAGACGACACACAGAUCAAGCCUGGUUUGAGCGAUGUUGAUAUGACCGAAGCCGAUGAAUCUCAGGGGGCAGAUCGCACCCACCACAGAACUGCCAGCAUUGAACUUGGCGAUAAUAGCGAGGACCGCCACAGUUCUCUAAUUUCUCCCCCGGCUUCAACGCAGGCUGUCGCCGAAGUCGCCGCUUCCACUGACGAUGUCCAACAAGUGCCACCAAGGCCACGGCCCUGGUUCCGAUCACUCAGGAAUAUCUUUCCUGCUGGCCCCGUAUGGUCUGAUGACCCCAACACGCCCUUUAAGCGCUGGGCUCGAGAAGACCAGAAUGUUCUUCAGGAACUCAAUCGUCGUGGAGGGGCGAAGAUUCAACUCGAUGAUAAGGGUGUCAUCUGCCGUCCUACCUACAAACGAGAGAAGGGCCCUGGAUCACUAUGA